AUACGCGCAAUAUUGUUUGUUAGUGCUGACCAUAAAUACAGUUUAUUGCUGAAAUGAAGAAUCGAUAGAUUUGUAUAAACAAAUUGAGAAAAUGAAGAUGUUCCAACCAUAUUUGUGUAGGCGUUGCUCGAUCCGAUCUCCAGUACUUGGACGAAUGCUCAGCCGCUACGCUAUGAAUGGUGGAGAUGGACCUCAUAGCUAUGCCCAAAACUCAUCCUAUCAGAAAGGAGUUGUGGAUGUGGCAAAACCUAUAAUUGAAGAAGAAAUUUCCAGAAAACUAGAUAUCAAACACCUUUCAUCCACUUUCAGGAUUGCGGAUUUCGGCUGCUCAACGGGCCACAAUUCUUGUGCAGCCAUGCAAAUUAUAACUGAAGCCAUCAGGCGAAGGUUUGAAAUAGAGGGAUUAAUUUCUCAACUCCCGGAUUUUUACGUGUUCUUUAAUGAUAAAGUCACGAAUGAUUUCAACACUCUUUUCAAUUCACUUCCACGAGAAAGACUUUAUGGUGCUGCUGGAGUACCGGGUUCUUUUCAUGGCCGGCUGUUGCCGAAAGCUACACUUGAUUUUGCUUAUUCCAGUUGUUCCCUUAACUGGCUCUCGGAGGUACCAAAGGCAGUGCUGGACAAUACGUCUCCUGCAUGGAACCAGGGGAAAAUUCACUAUUUGGGAGCUAGAAGAGAAGUGUGUGAAGAGUAUGCCAAUCAGUAUGCCAAGGAUAUAGAGUCAUUCUUGGAUUCUAGAGCAGAGGAGCUGGUGCCUGGAGGGCUAAUGGCCCUUCUUGUGCCUGCAGUCCCUGCUUCCUGGGAUCCCAACUCGGCCUACACAACGACCACCGAGAUUUAUCUUUUCGGUUCAUGCUUCAUGGACAUGGCGAAAGCGGGAAGAUUCAGCGAGGCGAAGGGCCAUAAUAGAGAGGAAUGACAAAUACACAAUCGAAAGAAUGGAGGUACUGGACAAUCCAGGGAAGCACAACUUGAUCGGCCCCAAAGACCGUGCUGCAUACUUCAGAGCAACCUCUGAGGGAAUGCUGAUGGAUCACUUUGGAAGCGAAAUAAUCGAAGAAUU